GUUAGGAUUCAUUUAUAGAAAAUUUAUCACGAAAAAUGUUUUAAAAAUAUAGCAUUACAUAUUUUUGGUGUUUUAGAUAAAUUAAUUGUGACAUUCGUUUAGACCUUGACAUUGUAAACAAACAUGGCGACCUCCAGUGGAGAUCAUGCUUCUGAAAUCCAAUGUGUGCAAACGGAAUCUAAACCAACGAAAAAAGGAGAUUCUGUUGCGCCUGGUGUGGUGUUCCUCACAUUGACCACAGUCGUGUCCACUGCUCUUGGAUUAAUUGGAGGUUUGGCUUUGACUAAAAAACAAGAUCCUGUUUAUUAUCAAAAGGGUUCGUUAGAUCAUUCCCAAGGAAAGCCAGUCACUGGGUAUUCUGUAGCAUUAAGAGCCUUUCGCUUGGGCACACUGUUGGCGUUUUCUGGUGUUGGACUUAUCUCAUUUGCUGUAUGGAAAACAUUGGGUGUUAAUAAUAUGGAGGAGUUCAGUGCCGCGGUCCAAUCAAAGAUGCCUGUAAUUCCGAAAAAGGAUAAAAGCCAACAGGGUCGCAGUGAAUUUGAAUCUCUUAAAGACCUUGCCGAUUACUUAACAGAACAAGAUGAAAUCAAGAAAAAGAAAAAGGAAGAAAGUGUAUGACUGAAAGAAAUAAAACAAAUAGAAGACAAAGACAAAAGUUCUGAUGUGAAACGAGACAUUUGUGUGUGAAUGUUAUUGUGUGUUAUUAUGAGAGUAUUUUAUGAGACAA